AUGGUUCGCGUCAUUAUCAAGGGUGGUGUCUGGAAGAACACCGAAGACGAGAUUCUUAAAGCUGCUAUCUCCAAGUAUGGUAAGAAUCAAUGGGCCCGUAUCUCUUCACUCUUGGUCCGCAAAACUCCAAAACAGUGCAAGGCAAGAUGGUACGAAUGGCUCGAUCCAUCCAUCAAAAAGACCGAAUGGUCCAGAGAGCAAGAUCACAAGCUUCUCCACCUCGCCAAACUCAUGCCCACUCAGUGGCGCACAAUAGCCCCUCUCGUCGGACGAACGGCGAAUCAGUGUCUCGAGCGAUACCAAAGGCUUCUCGAUCAAGCAGAGGCCCAGGACAACCAAGCAGCAACUAGCUCUCUCCCUCUCACUGGCACUGGCGAGGCCGUACCUAGCGCUGAUCAUGUUCGUCGUCUUCGACCGGGCGAGAUCGACCCGGAUCCGGAAACAAAACCAGCAAGGCCUGAUCCCAUCGACAUGGACCAAGACGAAAUGGAAAUGCUAUCCGAAGCCCGUGCUCGUCUCGCCAACACACAGGGCAAGAAAGCCAAGCGCAAAGCCCGAGAGCGUGCGCUUGAAGAAGCGCGUCGUCUCGCCAUGCUUCAGAAGCGCAGAGAGCUCAAAGCAGCCGGCAUCACCAUCAAGCAAAAGCCAAAGAAAGGCGCAAUCGAUUACAAUGCCGACAUCCCCUACGAGAAGAAGCCCCUUCCUGGUUUCUACGACACAAGCCUAGAAGCUUCCAAAUCCUACAAGGCCCCAGUAGGAAAGACGUUGCAGGAGCUCAAUAGCAGGCACUCAGCUCCUCACGACCCGACCAGGAACAAACGUCAGAGGCAAGCCGAGGAGAAGAACGAGCAGGCUAAAGCAGCAAUUGCAGAUCGAAACGAGCAGCAGAUCCGUAAGCUCAAGGAAGCCGAGCAAAUCACCAAAAGACGCAAGCUCAACCUCCCUGCAGCACAAGUCGGUCAAGAUGAGUUGGAAGCCAUCGUCAAGAUUGGACAGGCGGCCGAGCGCGCGCACUCCCUGGUGCAACAAGGCUCCACCGACGCCACGGGAGGCCUUCUCGAAAAAUACCCGGCACUCGAUUCGGCCCAAACUGCUCGCACACCCCAGGUCGCAGCUGACGAGGAUGCAGUGAUGAGAGAAGCGCGCAAUCUUGGCCUCAUGUCUUCGACACAAACCCCUCUUCUCGGCGAUGCCAACGCCGACUUGCCAUCUUCCCAAUCAGCCACUGAUCAGACUCCCGCAUCUUUCGUGGUCCAAACGCCAAAUCCGCUUCUCACUCCUGGCCUCAGGAACGGAAGCAGUACCCAGCUCCAAGGGCCUAACCGAUCCAUUGCCGACGCUAGUACACCUGAAAGGACACCGUUGCGCGACAACCUGGCACUCAAUGUCCAGCAGAGAGGCUCAGCGGAAUACGAGACUCCAGGAGAUCUCAGGCGUGCGCGCCACACGGCCCAGUCUCAUCUCAGGCAAGGUCUCUCCUCUUUGCCAGCGCCCAAGAACGAUUUCGACAUUGUUGUAGAUGACCAAGAUUCUGAAGCCGAAGCAGGCUCAAGCAGAUCUGAGCAUGACAUUCCUCUGAGCGAGCAAGACGCAGCGGAACGAGAGGCAAGAAUCGCACGUGAAGCAGCUGAGCAAGAGGCAAAGGCCGAGGCGAGACGGAGCCAAGUGGUGCGACGCAACCUUCCACGACCGGCAGAGGUCCAUCUGGCUCGCUUGACCAAGCAAAUUGAGAGAGAUUACCGUGAUCGCGUAGAGAUUCUGGUAGCUCAGCAGACGGCAAGGCUUCUGCAUCACGAUGCCAACAUCCAUCCGAUUCCUGGAGGUAAACAUCCUCAACCAGAGUCGGUUCAACUUGACGCUCUCUCAGAUGCCUCGCUGGCUGCGGCGAGGGAGCUGAUGCGUGUAGAGUUGGCCAACCAGCUAGGUUUCCCAGGCGCAAACGAGGAGGCGAUGCAACGAAUCGUAGGCGCUUCGCUGGAUGAUGACGAGGAGGCUCUAAACCACUUGGAGGCAGCCUUGAAGCAGAGGUGGGCAGAUCAGAGGAGCGACAAGUCAAAGCUGAUCCACGACUUGACACUAGCGCGGCAAAAGAUGGCGGAAGCUGCUUCGCAAGCGUCGAAAGGUGAGAAAGUGCUCAUGAAAGUCUUGGCUGGUUACAAGGUGAGAAGCGAGGCGCUUUGCUCAUCGGCCAAGCAGCAGUUCAAGGCCUUAGAAGAGGCGGCAAUCUCGCGCGAGACAUUUGAGCGUCUUGGUCGGCAAGAAGAGCGAGGCAAGCUGGAACGUCUAGACUCGCUGCGCAAAGAGGUCGAUCGCUUGGCACAUCGGGAAGGAUUAGCUCAAAGCACAUCCAAGUCGCUCCAAGACGAGAGGAAUGCUCUGCAGGAAGAGUGCCAGACGCUUGAAAGCGAGAUCAACAUGCGAGAGGCGGAAGCGCUCAACGAGACUGCCUUGUCGCAAUAG